UUUAGAUGACAAACGAACAAAAACUAAAAACAACGAAAGAAAUACAAAAAAAAAAUACUAUAUAUUACGAAUUGAAGAAAUUUCUUUCACCGGAAAAAAAUAAAUAUUGUGAAAUCUAAUGUUAAAACCAAAAAUUAUAGUAAUUUUAUUAUAGAAUCUAAAUAAAAUAAAAAAAUUAAACUAAAAGUAUUGUCAUGAAAACGUGAUAUAAUAUAUUUUGAAAUCGGUCUGUAAUCUAUAGAAACAAAAUGUGUUUAGUUCCAAUGUAAUCAACGAAUGUGACCUAAUUUUGUAAAUGCAACAACAACAGAUUCCAUAAUAAUAUUGAAUUUUUAUUAAAAGUAAAUCGAAAGGCCGAAACGCAGACAAACAAAAAUGUCCCGAUGGAAACUAGACAGCUGCCUGUUUUACAUGGCCAUAAUGGCCUUGAGCCUAUCAUCGGCAGAUGCAAUGUUUUGCCCUGUCAGCUGUAAAUGUUCCUGGGUUUUGGAUAGCCUGGAAGUGAAUUGUGCCAAUCGUGCCCUUGUCGAUUAUCCUGAUUUUCAAAUGAUGCCCAUGCAACAUGUAGUGCUGUCGGGAAAUUAUUUUGUAAAUUUUCCAUCACAUUUGGCCGACUAUCAGACCCUGAUCUAUUUGGAUUUGUCCAACAAUCAAAUUGAGUAUCUAGACAGUGAUGCUUUGUUGGGCUUUGAUUCCCUGAGGACUUUGAUAUUGGCCAACAACAGUAUACAUCAAUGGUCGGAUUUAAAUCCCAGCACUGCCUUUACGCAUGCCCUCAACUUGCAACAUUUAAUUUUGAGUGGAAAUGAGUUGAGUACCUUCACCUCGGAUAAUCCAGAGCAGGCAAUUGUAAGUGAAUCCUUGAUAACCUUGGAAUUGGAAAAUUGUGGCAUCACGAAGGCCGGCGGUGAUAUUCUAAUGCAAAACUUGCCAAACUUACAAAGACUGAAUUUAAAUAAUAAUCCCCUCAAUGGAGUGGCCCUGCUGCCUUCGAAAUCUCUGAGAAUUUUGGAAAUGAAAAACUGCAAUUUACAACGUAUUCCAAGGUCACUACUUCAAGGAUUACCCUCCCUGACAGUAUUGAGGCUACCAUGGAACACAGCUCUGCAAGUAGAUGCCAGCAAUCGUUUGGAGGCACCAACUCUGGCCGAAUUGGAUCUCUCCUACUGCAGUAUUGAUGAAAUCGAUCUAUCCGCUCUGCCCAGCCUAACCCAACUGCAGCUGCGUGGCAACAUGAUACGCUCUCUCACCAGUCGAACAUUCGAAAAUAAUACUCUCCUGGAAGUGGUGAAUUUGUCACGCAACUCUUUGCGUCUUCUCGAGGCUCAAACAUUUCAGAAACUGAAAAAACUCUCUUCGCUGGAUUUGUCAUACAAUGAAAUUGCUCGGCUGGAUCGCAAUGUUUUCAAGACCAACGAAAAUCUAAUGUCACUGAAUUUGAAUCACAACGUUAUUGAAAAAUUCACCAAAAUUGUAUCGAAUUCACUGCGUGACAUAAAUUUGUCAUGGUGUGAAAUUAUUCUAAUCGACGGCAAUGCUUUUUCCGGUUUGUCGAACAUUAUCAAAUUGGAUUUAUCGAAUAAUUUAAUAAGUGAUUUCCCCAGUGGAAUGGCGUCGGAAACUUUACAGAAAUUGGAUUUGAGUUAUUGCAGAUUAUCUACCCUGCGCAACAAUUCAUUCCAAAAAUUUCCCGAAUUGGCACAAUUGAAACUGAAUGGAAAUCGUUUCACCAAUCCGUUUCCACGGGAGUAUUUCGAUUCGAAUAAAUAUUUAGAUGAAAUUUAUGCUGGCGACAAUCCAUGGAUUUGUAAUUGUGAAGAUAGGACGUUGAUUGAUUUCCACGAUUUUCUGACAUCAACACCAACCAGGAUUAAAGAUCGCAACAGCCUACGAUGUGCCUCACCGCCAAGUAGCUAUGGAAAAACUUGGGCAUCGGCUUGUGAGAAAGAGUGGGUCCCUGGGGCCCGUUCUAGUCAGGCUCAAAAAAUUUGGACCACCAUAAUGUUGAGUAUAUUGGCCAUUGCGGGCCUUAUUGCUCUAUUCACCUGUUUCCAAAAAUACAUGGCAUGGCGUAGAAAGCAAAUCGAUCGUGAUGAAUAUAGGAGAAAUCACGAAGAGAUGAGGGCAAUACGUGAACUAAAUCGCAGGAUUCUAGAUGAAGAUCCCCGCCCGGGUAACGCUGCUGUGAGUAAUCUUGAAGUCAAUCUCCUACCCUCCUAUGAAGAUGCCAUACGUAUGCCCAAGCCGGUGAGACCAGUUAAAUCAAUGGUUGAUCUAACCUCUGAUGCCCCGGCACGUAGAAGCCGUUUCAAGAAGUCACGAACAAAUCCCGAAGAAGACAUUUCCGAAGUUGAGCCAGAUCUCCAUCUUGAUUAUCGUACCCGUUUUCGUAGCGAGGAAAUGCUUUCGAAUCGCGACAAAGAACGUGUACAGCCAAUUGAUCCGACUCGCCGGACAGGACACAUAACCUACAAUCCGUCGGGCACUAAUUUACCCGCCAUAUUUGAUUCACGUUUUCCUCCCGCCCACAUGAAAUCACAAAAUCUCCAAAGUGCCGAAAAAAUUGGUAAUUUUCAGAGCUAUGAAAACAGUCCGUACACAAAGCGAAAACCAAAGAUUGCCGAAAUUCCACCCUUCAAACGGGCAAAUCUUCGUUCAGAUAGUGUUGAAUUUUUAACAGAUCCCGAAUAUGAUAUACCCAGUAAGCCGAAUAGUCCGUUUGCCCAACGCAAGCCGAAGAAGAGUAUGGCACCGGGAGUACCCCUUACACCCGCCGUUGAAGAUUACUUUGGAGAUUCACCCAAGCCGGAGAAAAAAGAUUCACCACAGGGCAGUGAUUUCCAUGUAAUCAUAGAACCAGAUAUUGUGUCGCUGAAAGAUGGCAAUAUAUCAUCCGAUUCAAGUGCGGAUCAAGAUGUAAUUAAGGCCAGACGAAAGAAAUUGAGAAAUCCCUCAAGUCGACGGGCAAGUGGUAAUUUUACAGCCGCAGCUGCUGCCGCCGGUGAUAGCUCCGAAGACGAACCCAUAGUGGUUGUGCAUCGACCCAUGCGUGAGACUUUGUUUUAGGAUUAUGUUUUAAGUCAUCAAAUAACAUAGUAUUCUUAGUUUGUAUGGUUAAUUACAGUUUUUUAUUAAACGACUUUUUUGUGAACAAUUUAAUGUUAAUGUA